UUCAACAGUGACCGAAAGCCACAGAAAGAGCAGGACCUCCAGUGGGAUCCUAAAGAAACGUUUGCUUCAUCUGGACAUCCAUAUUCAUUUACAGCUUGUGGACUUCAAGAAAUUCCUGCCAAAGGAGCUUUUUUUGUAUGUUUGUUUUUAUUUUUUAGAAUUCAGCAAAGGAAGACAGAUGACAGACUUUAGGGCAGCUCUAAAACCCAGCUCUGGGCCUAAGCCGGGGUCUGAGAUCAAAACUAGCACACCUGCAAAGGUUGACUUUAGAUCAUUGCUCAACAAAAAAGAUGGUUCUUCCAAAUCACCUGUGGCUACGACACCCUCAAGCCGUGGACCUUCAGAUUUCAGGUCUGUCCUGAGCAAGAAACAAGCACCAGAAUCAGUGAAGACUGAGGAAAAAGAACAAAAUUCACCAAAACCAGCACUCAAGACACCUCAGAAGGAAAAGCAAAGUGGUGUUAAUGGCGUCAGUGGUGGUGCUGUUGAUAAAAAGAGUACUCUAAAGGAAAACACAACAGCAACAACAGAGAAAAAAGGCAGCAUCACUGAUGCAGGGAUCAUUGAAAAAAAGGAGAAAUCCAACCUAGAGAAGAAGACAAAUGAUGGACAGAUAACACAGACAAAUGACAAAAAAGUUGUGAACGGAGGAGAAAAAGAUGGAGGAAAGCCACCCAUUUUCAAACAGCCUCUCAGUGACAUCACUGUGGUGGAUGGAGAGAGGCUGAGGUUAGAGUGUCAGGUGACCUCUGACCCCCAUGCUGCCAUCACCUGGAUACUAGAUGGGAAAAUGGUGAAGCCAUCCAAGUUUAUUGUCUUAUCACAUGAAGGUGAAAAGUGCUCGCUUACAAUCGACAAGGCACUACCUGAAGACGAAGGACGCUACACAUGUAGAGCAGAGAAUGCACACGGUAAAGCAGAGUGUUCCUGUGUGGUCACCGUAGAUGAUCCUUCAGACCCAUCAGCAGAUAAGAAGAACAGAAAGAGCUCUUCUGCAACUCCCACUACAGAAAAUGAAGCCAGAAUAAAAAAGAAACCAGCUCCUACCAAACAGGGUUCUCCACCUCAGUUUCUGCAUUUCCCUGGAGAUCAGAAGAUCAGAGCAGGAGAAAAGGUGGAGCUGUUGGGCAACUUUGGAGGAUCGCCACCAAUAACCUGCACCUGGCUCAAAUUCAAAAAGCCGAUCCAGCCAGGAAAUGGAGGCAUUUCCAUAGAGACCACAGAGAACAGCAGUCAGCUGACCAUCGCAGCGAGUGACCAGGAUCACUGUGGCUGCUACACUAUAGAACUGCAGAAUAAAUUUGGCCUCAAGCAGGCCUCGCUCAACCUCACAAUCGUAGAUAAGCCAGAUCCCCCAGCCGGCAUCCCCGCUGCCUCUGAUAUCCGCCGGUCCUCGCUCACUCUUUCUUGGUAUGGACCCACUUACGAUGGCGGCAGCAUCGUCCAGUCGUACAACCUGGAGAUCUGGAACUCGGUCGACAACACAUGGAAUGACCUCACCUCCUGUAACAGCACAUCUUUUCAUGUCCAGAACCUCCUCAGUGACCGUCAGUACAAAUUCCGUGUUCGAGCUGUGAAUGUGUAUGGGGUUGGAGAGCCCAGUGCAGAAUCUGGACCCAUUAAAGUGGGAGCGGAGGAGGUUACAGAGAAAAAGGAAGAAGAGGAAGUUGGAGCCGCUGUGUCUGAUGAUGAUGAAGAAAAAGAGCCAGAAUAUAGAAAUGUGAUCAUUAAAAAAGACUGCAGCGUCAAGGACUUCUAUGAUAUAGAGGACCGCUUAGGAACGGGUAAAUUUGGUCAAGUCUUCAAGCUAGUGGAGAAGUCCAGUAAAAAGGUAUGGGCAGGGAAGUUCAUCAAGGCAUUCUCACAAAAGGAAAAGGAGAACGUGAGGCAGGAGAUCGGCAUCAUGAACAGCCUCCACCACCCCAAACUGGUGCAGUGUAUGGACGCCUUCGAGGGAAAAUCAGACAUGGUCAUGGUCAUGGAGAUGAUUUCUGGCGGCGAGCUGUUUGAGCGAAUCGUGGAUGAAGAUUUCGAGCUGACCGAGCGAGAGGUGAUUAAGUACAUGCUGCAGAUCAUAGAUGGAGUCCAGUUCAUCCACAAGCAAGGCAUUGUCCACUUAGAUCUAAAACCCGAGAACAUCAUGUGCAUCAACAAGACAGGCAGCAAGAUCAAGCUUAUUGACUUUGGACUUGCUCGAAGGCUAGAGGACUCUGGCUCUCUGAAGGUUCUGUUUGGGACUCCUGAGUUUGUGGCUCCUGAGGUGAUCAACUAUGAGGCUAUCAGCUACCCAACAGACAUGUGGAGCAUUGGCGUCAUCUGUUACAUUCUUGUCAGCGGUCUAUCGCCAUUCAUGGGAGACAACGACAAUGAAACCCUUGCCAACGUCACCUCAGCCACCUGGGAUUUUGAGGACGAGGCAUUUGAUGAGAUUUCAGAUCAAGCCAAAGACUUCAUCAGCAGGCUCCUGAAAAAAGACAUGAGGGCCAGACUGACCUGCGCUCAGUGUUUCGAGCACUCCUGGCUCAAACAGGACACCAAAAACAUGGAGGCUAAACAGCUGUCCAAAGAAAGGAUGAAAAAGUACAUCCUGAGGCGUCGCUGGCAGAAAACAGGGAAUGCGGUGCGAGCCAUUUCCAGAUUCAGCUCUAUGGGAAUGUUAGGAGGGAUUGGCCCAAAGAAAAGCUCUCCGACUGAAGAAGAGCCUCCAGCACCGUUUCUUGAGAGCGUGGAGGAUGAAAACCACACUCCAGCAGCGCCCAGCUUCGCUUCUGUCAUUCAGGAUGUGGAAGUGGUGGAAGGCAGCGCUGCCCGCUUUGACUGCAAGAUUGAAGGCUACCCGGAUCCUGAGGUAGUGUGGUACAAAGAUGACCAACCUAUUAAGGAGACACGACACUUUCAGAUUGACUACGAGGAGGAUGGCCACUGUAGUCUGGUCAUCUCAGAAGUUUGCCCUGAUGAUGAUGCCAAGUACACCUGCAAAGCCGUCAACGGCCUGGGGGAAGCAUCCUGCACCGCUGAGCUGAUGGUGGAGUUUAUGCAGGAGGAGGAAGGAGAUGCUGAAGGGGAGGAGGAGGACUGAACAAUGAUGGAGAAUGGACUGAAUAACCCAGGAGACGAAUAUCUUAAACAAUUACACACCAAUUCAAUCCUUCUUCUAUUUUACAUCGUAUUUAUGUGUCUUCUUACUACCUAGAAUAGUAUGGAGAGAGCGAAGCAGUUUUCGAGUACAACUUUUUGCCAAAAUCAGAUACAUUCCAGCUUGAGCCUUUAAUUAUCCCGACUGAUUUUCCAAAAGGGACUAUUAAUGUGACAACCUAUGUAGCCAACACAGGCUCAUUGAGAAAACGUGCUUGCAUGUACAGUUGGAGAUAAAAUUAUUAGCCCUCCUGUGUUUUUCUUUUUCAAAUAUUUCCCAAAGGAUGUUAACAGAGCAAGGAAUUUUUCUACAGUAUUUCCUAUAAUAUUUUUUCUUAUUUGUUUUAUUUCGGCUAGAAUAAUAGCAGUUUAAAAUUUUUUUUAAAAACAUUUUAAGGUCAAUAUUAUUAGCCCCAUUAAGCAAAUUUGAUUUUUUUUAUUGUCUACGGAAUAAACCACGGUCACACGAGUUUGAGCAUGCAAAAUUCUGUUCUAACCAGAUAAUUAGAGUUUAAAAAAAUGGCACGUAUAAGAAAUCAUGUCUAAGCAACGUAUUUGAGAUUGUUAAAAAUGCACACAGUGCCAUCUGGUGGAUUUGUAAAAACAAAAACUGAAGCCGUAGUCCAGGGUAUAUUUUUGUCAAUCUCAAAUGUAUGUAUUUCCAAUGAGCCUGGGUUGCACCUAGACACAUUCUGAAGUUGGCAUAAUUGGACAACAAAACACAGAAAACACUUGGGUAGCACUUUAUAAUAACUGCACUCUAUGAAUCAUUUAAUAAGCACCAGUUUUCAAGUCAUUAAGUCUACAUUAAUAGACAUUAGUAAGCAGUUUAAAUACAGCUACAGAUGCUGUAUUCUUGACUUAUAAGCACUUAUAUAAUGUGCUUAAUGAUUGUAUUUUCAUACUUUUCUGAUGAUUCAUUUUUCACUAUUAAAUUGAGUAUUUUAGUGAACAGUUAGUGAAUAUAACCAGCUUCUAAUGGUAAAAAUAUAUUCCUUUUUUUAUAGUUACACUUGAUAAAUAAAAUAGUCUGCAGAAACACGUUGAUUAACAUUCUCCCUUUGUACAUGUCAUCAGAGGGGGGAAGCCCUGCCCAUUGGUAAUGAUCUCUCUCUCAUUAGCAUAGGACACUAGUCUUGUUAUUGAAUCUGCCACUAUGCUGACACAGGCAUUUGCAGCCCUGCCCUAUUUUGAAAAGAGCAUAAUCUCAUUUGAAUUUAAAGUGACAGUCACCAAUUUGGAUCAAAGGCUAAAAGAAAGAGAUUCCAAGAGUUAUAAAACAUUAUUCAUGUGGUAUUUAGA